GAGCUGCGAACCAAGACUUACACUGCCGAACACUCAAGACGCCAUCGGAGAUGAAGACCAUCAUUCUACAGCUGUCCAUGUUGUGUGCUGCCGCGGUGUUCAAAGUAGCAUCUCCGCUAGUUAUAACAGGGGGCUGCCGCAGUGACUUCGAAUGCAUCGCGAACAAAGGCGAGAACUGGUGCUGUGCGCGGUGGAACCUCGGCUCCGGCAUCGCCGUGUGUAAGCCCAGGGGCCGCGUCGGGGACGAGUGUCACAUCUCCAGCAACCUCAUGCCGUACCCUCUGGACGCACCGAGGGCCUUCUGGCGCUGUCCCUGCGGCCCGGCCCUCGGCUGCACCGCCACGGAGACCGCCAAGAUCGGCCACUGUGACACGUUUGACAACCUGGCGCUGGCGCAGGGUAAUGACAUAGAAUAAAGAAACUAGAAAAUCCAGCGCCAUUUCCGGAUAUUUCACCGCAAUAGCUUUCAUUUCCUUAAGCUUUCCAGUCAACACAUUGUUAGACGUUUAACAGAAUGUGACAUUGUGAUACUUUACGAAAAUAUCUGGUACUGACGUGAAAUAAGAAACUACAAAAUCCAGCGCCAUCCUUGGAUUUUCCUUUCGCUUGAUAUUAUGCUUCUUGACUCAAUCAUGACAUUGUUAGACAUUUAACAAAAUGUGAAUAUGUGAUGCUUUACGAAAAUCUAGCGCUAUCCUCGGAUAUUACACCAUAGCAGCUUUCUUAUUGCUUGAUAUCAUUCUUGUUUACCGUUAUGUACCCAAUCGCAGCUUUAUCAGACAUUCAGCAAAUGUUAUUCUUUAUAAAAACUCUACGGCAGGAUCGCUAUUUGAAGCGGAUUAUAUAUUUUGGAUUGUAGAAUAGUCUAGUAAAUGACGAAUUUUUCUGACCUAAAUGAAUUUGCACUCUGGUUGUGCCCGACUACUGUACUGCUACAGUACACAGUGAGUGACAAACUGUGGGCAAUGUGCCUUUUAGAAUUGAUAAUCUAAAUUUCUUCAGUUCAUAUCUCGGAACUGAAUCCACGAAGAAACAUAAUAAAGAAUAC